AUGGAGUUGAAUAAACUGGAAGAGUUGGCGCUUGAAUAUAUUUCAACCCAAUUAGAGCCGAUAGAUUAUCAGCUGCUAUAUUCCAGAAUAUUUGAAGAGAAUGCUUUAAACUUUGAUAAAUUAUCAGUCAAGCUCUGGCUUCGUCUUUAUUGUAACCCAGAUAUACUAAUAAUUGCAAACGAGCAAUUUGAUGAAUAUUUGAGAUAUAACUAUUCACUAAAAUGGAAAACAACAGUGAAUAGUCUGUACGAUGUCGACGUAACAGAGUUCCCGGAAACACAUCUCCAGGAUCACAUCGGAAAAACAAAGCUAACAUGCUCAAACAGUUUUAGAGUCAAAAAGUUAAAUCUGGCUUUAUAUGAACAGGUGGUAAAAAGCAAUGAUCGCUUUCGAAUUUUAAUGUCAAUCGCAUCUAAAAGAUAUUUAGGAUACUGGCAAUCAGAUUUGGUUGAAGACCUACAGAUAUCGCCUAAAGAUUUAUUUUCGGUACUGACGUGCCUGUGUAAACUAGGAUUGGUGUAUAAGCUCACGAUACCACAAAACAGCCUGUAUAAGUACCUAAUAGAUAGCAUCAACGAUAACUUUGACUUUAAAUAUGAUACAAACGAAGGAGCACAGCAAACAGAUAAGGAUUCGUCAAUAAAAAACUCGGCCUCUAUAUGUUUCUUUCAUAAGUUCUUCGUGAUUGACAAGAUACCGGAUAAUAUCAAGGCGCUAUGUUUCAGCGAUGUGAAAAACAACUGUGAAUCGACGAUGCUGGAGUUGCUGGAAAAGGCACAGAACAACAUAAUGCUGGAAAGUGACUGGAGAAGAGCGUACUUCAACACAGCCUUCGGAGAGUUGAACCAGUAUAACAUAAGAGCGGACAACAACGCAAUAACAAAGUCAUACAUGUCGCUUAGGAAGACGCUUGAGUCGAAAAAUAAAACUACACUGAUAUUCGCAUGGUGCCCGCAGACGAAAAAGUACGAAAGAAGCAUAAUGUUGCUGAAGAAUCAGAAGGAUAACAUACUGACGCUGAAGAGGACGAGCAUGGUGCACGUGAUAAACAUGAAAACGGAGCAUAGCGAAGAAGAGCAUGUCGAGGAGUACGCGUAUUACAUGAUAAAAACGGCGCCUGAUGGAAUUUCAGCCAAGGAAAUCAACGAUCACGUACCGUCAAAGUAUAAAUCGAUGCUAAAGACUCUUUCAAUCAUGGAAGAUCUGGGACUGAUAAGGAAGCAGACGCACAGAGACGGGAAGAAGUUUAUGUAUAAAUACUACUCAAAUGAUAGUAGAAGGACGAUGAUAAAAACGGAAGAUUUGUCAGACGCAUCGUGCACAAGUUCAUCGACGCACUAUGAGAUGGGAGACGUUAAGUUGGAAAACUCACAAGCAGAGACGCCAGUGAACGAGGACACUGAGAACGCAGGACUGUACGGAACGAAGUACAUAGACUUCAUAAACGCACACAAGAUAAAGUACUACGACGACUCGGUGUACCUGAGAGAGUAUGAAAAUCGCUUCGGAGGAAUGUAUUUGCAAAGUAAACUUAAUACGACGCUCUUCAAGAAGAGAAUGGUAAUGAUGAAUGAGUAUUUGGAGAACUUUAAGGCAGCAACGCAGACGAAUGUGUCAAAGUUCAUCUCGGAAAUCGAGGGCAGAGGAACGAGGCCAGAUAGGAAGUCGGUGUUUAGAAUAUUGGAAAAUUUACAGAAAAAAUUGACGCAUUUCAAGUUGCUCUGCAGCGAUGAAAUAAAGCAGACGAACAUGCCGUUGACGGUGAUUUAUGACUCGAGGCACUUCACGGACGUGGAGGCGUACAGUUUCCUGAAGAACGAUAUCAACGAGAAGAGGAUACUUAUCUGCUCAAAGUCGGCACAGCUGAAGUCGAAGAUCAACGACCACUUUAAAAACCCCGAACACGUAAACAACAUAACAGACGACCCUGUGGAGAUAAUGUACCCGGAAAGCUCGAACGUAGGAAACCUGAAGAUGCCACUGCUCGUGAAGGACGUGUCAGUGAACCAGCAGAACUCUACCGCGAGGAUGGAAGAAGGAAUGGUUUUCAGCCAGAGAAGACAGUCGCUUAACGGAUACGUCUUCCCAGUGAUGACGAGAGUGAAGAUGCUGCACGGCCUUCUUAUCGACAAGUUCAAAAGUGAGACUUUCACGACGUCGGAGCUGCUGAGGGAGAUGACGCUGGAACACUACUACCAGAUGAUAGGAUGCGGAUACCAAAUACCGAACGUCGGCGAGUACAUGAACGAGAGAAUAGAAAACCUGCCUCAAGAGCACGUCAAAGUGCUGAUGAACAAGAAAAGAGAUCCAAUAAACAUACUUAACAAUCAGUUGAAUUUCCUGUACAGAAUAAAGCUGGUCUCAUUCUCUUCUGAAAUGGAAUCGAGUAAGACGUCAAAUGAAGUUAGCUGUAUUGAGGAUAAUCACAAUCCAUCGAUAUGGAAUAACGUUGUGUGGCCCAAGUCUGAGCUGAAGUGGAAAAUAAUAAGAUACGUGCACCUGUAUGACUUUGUAAACAACGAGAAAAAGCAAAGGUACGACAUGUUCAAAGAACACCAGGAGUUCUGGAACAACUUUAAAGCGCAAGUGGACGAGUACGUAAGCACGGGAAACGGGAGUGUGCCGGAACUGUUGCCAGUGAAGGAAGUGUUCUCGAAGAAAAACUGGAAAAAGGCAAUGUACCUGAACACAAUAGUUAAGUCGGAGUUGGACAGAGUGAUUGCGCUGUGGAUGGAGAUGUGCUGCAGCGGACUUCACGUGAAGAGUCUGUCGAAGCUGUGCUGCAUACCGAACAAAGUGUUAAGAGUGUUGUGCGACCGCUUUACGCUGACGAAGACGCAAAUACAAAUGCACGUUAAGUCGAAGGUGAGGUCGUCCUCGUGUGAGUCGCAGGACGAAGACGAUAAAAUCCUGAACAAGAUCCUGUCGAACAUGUACAAGGGCACGGAGCUGCUGUGGAUAUCACGCUACGUUAUCGCGGAGAAGAUAAUGAACAGAAUAUUUCUGAACAUUUUGCGCAAAAACCCGCACACGCUGCCGAGAAUAGACGAAUUGGAGGAGUAUUGCAGAAUGGACAUGAUUGAUUUGGGUACCAUUGGUAUUAGUGAGCAUUGCGCUGAUGGAAGCAGCAUUAAAAACGGUGAUUUCCUGCCAAACGUCUGGAAGUACCUGCACAUACUCUUCAACUACAAGUACAGCGUUAACGAAUGUAAGGCGAUCUUUGACUACAUCAUCAACAACUCGUCAUUGAACCUGAGAGUGCUUAACAAGCUCAGAAGGCUGAAUACUAGCGAGAUAAUAAGCUACAUUUCGAAGAAGUCGUACUCGAACAUAGCGAACUCAUAUAACACUUCGCCGUCUAGCCCCAAGGUGAUCCCGAAGCUCAAUGGAGAUGAGCCGAGGCCGUUAGAAAACCAAAUCGAGUACCUGAGCAACAAGCUGAAGCUGAAGUGCACAAUGUUCACUUCAUCGUCGAAGAGGCUGGGCGCAGCAGUGUCAGUGCACCAGGACAUAAAGUACCAUAAGAAGAUUCUGAAGACGUGGUGCGAGUACGGGUGGCUGGUGAGGUGCAGCAAGAAAUCGAUGAUUCUGAAGGUGUAUAAGCUCUCCACGAUGUCGAAGAUGAAGCUAUUCCCAAAGUACACGAACAUAAACUUCUUCGCGAACCAGCUGCUCUCAUACAUUGAUCUUAACAACCACGACGACUUCAAUUCAAUCGACCGACAGUAUAGAAAUAAUGGAGCAGUCAACGAAUAUGUCAUGGGAGGGCAGGGCGAGUUUGGUUUGGUGUCAAACUAUAAAAGGAUGUCGAUCAUAAGGAACUGCCUGGAUUUGGACAUACACAACCUGUACAACAUCGUCGAGAACCUCGGCGAAAUCGGAUUUGACAUAAAAUGGACGUUCCACCCACAGAAGGUGGAUCAGCCAAAGUACUUCAGACUCAUGGACGGAGGGAUAUCGAAGCACAUCAAGGCGCUGACCUCGAGCAUAGGCGUAUCACAAGUUAAGGCAAAUAUCACAGACCUUCAGGAAAAAUUAAACACGCAACAAUAUAAAAGAGGCCCGGACACUCUGAGACAAGUCCCAAAGUCGUACGUGUGCGACCACGCAGGAACCGAUAUAAUUGACCCAGUUGUGUUUUGCAAUGACCCGCUGGACUCAAGUAGACUUGUAAAUGAUGGCAUACAAGACGAUCACACGAAGAAGAAUAUGAAUACAAUAUCAGAUGUGUUGGUGUACGUUAUGAAAAUAUACGAGGCUGACUAUACCUUGAAGGAUAUGGAAAAGGGCUUCCACAAACUCGUUAAAGCAGUUAAAAGCAAAGGAGUGCACGGAAUCCGACACAGAGAGUUGAUAACGACCAUGGGAAACUGUAAAUUAAACAAUAUCAAUGGUGAUUAUUUGAAUGCCAGAGACCUCAAGAAUAAUGACGAUUACAUGACCGUCGGCGUUAACAAUAUGCUCUAUAAGAUAUUGAUCAGUUCAGCUUUGAUUCUCAGGUUGAUGUUCAUGAUACCAAAUGGGCAAGAGUUCAUUUACCUCUACUGGUUACAUAGCGAUAAAAUAAUUAUUAACUCGCCAUGUUUUUGUUAUAAGAAUAGUACAUUACCUGCCUCCAACGUUUCAAACGAAUCAAUCGAAAACGGACAAAGAACUAGACCUGAUUAUAUAUCUGAAAUACUAUGGUUGAUGUUUCAAAAGAACGCUUUACAAAUACCUCAAGACCUCAAGGACUUCACAAGCCUAAUACGGGACGUUAUUGAAGACGACAUAGAAGGAUACAGGAACGCUCUUGGAUCAUCAGUAUACAGCCCGUUCACAGUGCUGGACGGAUGCUUUAACGUUCACAUGGUCGCAUUCAUAUCACUGAAAAUUUACUCAAUAGUAAAAGAGAAGCCAGGACUAACAGUACACGAGUUGUGGAACGAAAUGGCAAUAUUGGACGAGUGUGAAGUCGAACUGCUCGUAGAUUCAAUGAUAUUGAGGAAAAUAUUAUUAUCCAAGGAAAUAAAUGUGGAAUCUGAACCGAAUCAUUUGUUUUCCUCGAAUAAGAAAACCGAUUGUGUUAAAACGGUUUUAUACCCACAAGAAACAUGUACAGCUCUUAUAAACUUUAAAAGCAUUCUUUUAGUGAGAUAA